UGUACUACCCUCCCUGCACAAUUAGCCAAUCAGCAGCGCGCUCUGCCAGCCAGGAGGACGCAUAAAAGAAGAACAUUGCAGCAGAGGCACAGAAGGAGACUGCGAGAGGAGCAGGGAAUUACACAUAAAAACAGCAGAACCAGAACACCCUCCCCUGGACACACCCUGCUGAGGAUCACUGCUUCUCUUUUUUCUGAACCAUCGCCCACGCCACUCGGAGAGAACGCUCUCCCUCAUCAUCAUCUAGUAGAAAACCCCUUUCUCCUCAUUUUCAACCUAUAGAGGACACCUACAAUCUCAGAGGGCUGAGAUUCCCUGGCGAAGAUUGUAUUUUUUUCCUUUUUUUCUUUUUUUUUUCUUUUAAUUUGGACUCCUAACAAAACAUAAGGGCCAUUUAAUUUGAGGCCGAAGAGCAUACAGAGACUCAGCUUCAAGACCAGUGCAAAGAAGGACCUAGAUUUCUUUCAUUGUACGUCAAGAAUGGUUACUCAGAUAAUCAGCACCAUGGAAACCCAGGUGUCCAACGGUCCAAGCGGAACCAGUCUGCCUAAUGGUCCAGUCAUUAGCACCAAUGGCUCCACAGAUGACAGCAAAACCAACCUGAUCGUCAACUAUCUGCCUCAGAACAUGACCCAGGAAGAGUUCAAAAGUUUGUUUGGUAGCAUUGGAGAGAUUGAGUCUUGCAAGCUAGUCAGAGACAAGAUAACAGGACAGAGUUUGGGAUAUGGCUUUGUAAACUAUGUGGAUCCAAAUGAUGCAGAUAAGGCCAUCAACACGCUCAAUGGUCUUAAACUGCAGACUAAAACAAUCAAGGUAUCAUAUGCCCGGCCAAGCUCAGCAUCUAUUCGUGAUGCAAACCUUUACGUGAGUGGACUCCCCAAAACCAUGAGCCAGAAGGACAUGGAACAGCUGUUCUCCCAAUAUGGUCGCAUCAUCACAUCCCGCAUCCUAGUGGACCAAGUCACAGCAGGCAUAUCACGCGGAGUGGGCUUCAUCCGGUUUGACAAGCGGAACGAGGCAGAGGAAGCCAUCAAAGGUCUGAAUGGACAGAAGCCUUUGGGUGCCGCCGAGCCCAUCACUGUCAAGUUCGCCAACAACCCCAGCCAGAAGACAGGCCAGGCCUUACUGACUCAGCUGUACCAGACUGCUGCCCGCCGCUACACGGGGCCCCUGCACCACCAGACUCAGCGUUUCAGCAUGAUCCCUUCACUUGGAAAGGGACCAGAUCCAAAUAACAGCUCAAAACCAAUACUCGACAAUUUACUAAACGCCAGCUACGGAGUCAAGAGUUCUCCUACUCUCUUCCCCAGAUUCUCCCCCAUCACCAUUGACAGCAUGACCAGCCUGGCUGGGGUCAACCUUACUGGUCCAACUGGAGCCGGCUGGUGCAUCUUUGUAUACAACCUGUCCCCCGAGGCGGACGAGAGCGUCCUGUGGCAGCUCUUCGGGCCCUUCGGCGCUGUCACCAACGUCAAGGUCAUCCGUGACUUCACCACCAACAAAUGUAAGGGCUUUGGCUUUGUCACCAUGACCAACUACGAUGAAGCCGCCAUGGCUAUUGCUAGCCUUAAUGGCUACCGCCUGGGUGACCGCGUGCUGCAGGUUUCCUUCAAGACCAGCAAGCAGCACAAGGCCUGAGAGAGAGGCUGCUGGCACCAGCUCCUUCGAUCUGCAGGGAGAGCAACCUGAGCUCCCUGUGCCAUCACUCUACAUGGGCCUGGACUGAGUCUCUCUCUGACACAUUAUCACACAAAUUCAUAAUAUAUUAUCGUAAACACACGGACAUGCAGAUACACGCAUACACACACACACACAUAACCAAACAUAUCCAUACACAAGCAUACACAAGUCAGAGUUUCAAACAAACAUACUAGUGGAGUUUUUCUUUUCUCUUUACACAACAUGCUAGUCCUUCCCUAUAUUUGCCUGGAUUGAAUUAGAAGGGGUACGUAGCUGGUUUGUUGGGUAGGAGCAAGAGCUAUCUAUUUAGGAGACAGUCUAACGAAUGUGACAGAGAAUGUGUACUGAGCGCUUUGAUUGAAUUCAGGCAAAUAAUGACAACUGAUGAACAAAACGAUCAAAAUUUUAAAUGAACAAAUAUGUGCAAUUUACCCAAAACUCUUACCCCACCAUCUCUCCCAUUAUCUUGCUGGAGAGGAUGUAGUCACUUUUUUACACUUGGGCAUUUUGAAUCAGCGAUUUUUUUAGAUCAAAGAAAAUGAAAUUAAAAAACAGUGUUCUCUUAUAUACAUCUAUUAAAAUAUAACUAUAUAUUCAAUAUUUAAGGUGGUUAUAAUAGCCGAGUAUGUAAGCAUUUUCUAGAAACUUUGACUACUGUUUCCUGACCUGCAUUAGGUGGUGCCUAGCGUAAAGGCAGUUUCUCUACCCUAUGUGAGCUUGUUAGCUCAGACCCAAUAAGAUUUAGGUUAACCAAUACUGGUCACAGAAAAGAGUAGUCCGAAAGCCAUCAGAAUCACUCUUUCCCUCACAGUCUCACACCAAACAACACAAUAGUACACUUAUAUAAAAUAGAAACACAGUUCAUUAACUAGAGGAUAUAUACAUAUUUAGUCUACAAAAACAAAAAAAAGGCUCUUCUAAUCUAUCCUCAGGAUAGAUUCAAUGCAAGCAGACUGUCUGUGGACUUAGAGCAGAGUGGCAGUGCUUCCAUGGUGACAGCGUUCGUUAGUAAUUCUCUGGUGGGCGAAGGUGUGACAAGUGCAAGGGGAAAACCGUUUCACCAUAACACAGCCACGUCAAAGGAAAAUACCGGUGUUUUAUCAAGUUUUGCAUCAUUUUUUCAUUCCACCUGUAAUUUACAUGAUCCACAGGCCAUUUUACUUUGCAUGGCUUUAUCAGCCAUGAUUUGGUGUGAUAUCGUUUUAGCUGAAAAGCCACCUGCUGUUACCAGGUCAAGAGAAAAAAGCAAAUAAGAAGUGAAAGACACCCAAAUUAUUUAUUAUUCUAGCUGACAUGCUUUGAUUGUGAAUGUUACCGUACUCAAGACCAGGUCAUGCCUUCAGAUUUAUUUAGAUAAAUGUAGCUUCAAAAAGUAACUCUGAAGAAAAUGUCAAACAACACACCCCGUGUACUGAAUAAUGGUCUAAGCACGUCUGUAGAGAAAUAACACAGAUGAGCAAAAACUCAAGAGCACCGGUAUUAUUCUUCAGUCUGUGCACAGAUAGAAGCUCCCAGAAUGAAUUAGGUCAACGUUUUACCAUUCAGCGGACAACAUGGGCUCUACAGUAACAACAUGCAUAGAGCAGACUAUGAGGCCUGCAGUUCCAAAUGACUGAACAAUUAAAACUGACUUUAAGUCACGUGUGAGCGAAGAUAUCUGGCAAUGUCAAAAUUAUCACUGAUCCUUUGAGGAGAAAGAUUACCAGUUCCUCCAGCUUUGCCAAAUGCUCCUCAGUUUUAUUAAAAGCCCAUCUAUUCCCUUAAAAGUUUCCCAGAAACUUUGAACUUGUGCCCUCUCAAAAGAUGGCCGUACAACAUCAAGCCUGCAAAUAAGUGUCAUAAUUAUACUUCUGUUUACAACAGAAAGGUAUUUAUUUAUUGGCUUCAGAUCUGUUUCACACUACCACAAAAAUAGCAUUUCUCAAAAUAUCCCCAACCCAAAUGCAUGAAAAUUAUUUAUGGCACCCUUGAUGAAGCAUUAAGGCCAACCUGUCUAGUUGAAAUGUCUGUAACAGACCAGACUUCAGAUGUACCAUGGGGAGAGCUAAUGUCUUUCAAUAUCAAGACAUUUGCACAUGAUAAUAGAUUAAAUAAGGUCAAGUAUAUUCAAGACAUUUUUGCUUUUGCUUUUCUAAAUGACGCUGUGUUAGCCAAAGAGGACGAUCUCUUUGAAAGGAUUACAUUAGAGAUAAAUCUAUUUUUAUACAUACAAAGGAACAAGACCUUGUGCUGAAUUUUUACAGAUUCUUAAGCUUGGAAAAAUUGGGACAUCGCAUGGCUUUAUUUUAAACCCUCUGAUCUUUGCAGAGCAAGGGGGAAUAAGCAUGCGGUGUAUGGGUGGGGAUUUAGGGAGGGGGCGAAGGAACAUUGUAUCUCAUACAAACUUAAUCGUUCAACCACAUCAAAAUAAGUGAAACAAACUUAACAAAAACAAAUUUGAUGUAUAAAAAAAGGAAAAUUAAACAGUUAUAACAGGGUGUAACCUGACAGACACAUCUAUACUUCUGAGUGUUUAGACACACUCGCAUCUCUUGUCCUGAAGUUGUGUACAGUGUUGCUUCAAUGAUGGUGCAGUGAAGUGACGUUCUUUGACUUGAGAAUCCCAGACAAAGCUGCAGUGAGACUGGCUCAUUGCCAAGCUGGAAAACUGAAUAGCUGCUUGCAAAUAAAAAGGUAAAAGGCAGAUUCCAACAGUGAUGCAGAUUCAUAAUGAACACUGAGCAUGAUUCCUUAUGAUUAGAUAGAUUUGAUGUUUUGCCAAAGAAUUGCUUUGCAAGUCAGUACCAAGAAGGAUAAAUUAAGACUAACUAUAUUAUUCCCUGAGUAAUUGCUGUACAAAUCUAUGUUAUUUAUUGAAUAAGGACCCUCUACAAUUUCAGUUAUCAUUACUUUUGAAUAUCUAAGUUGCGCAUAUCAGUUUGCAUUUGUAAAUCCUAAACCCACUAAACCAAAUGCUAAAAUGAAACAGUUGCAAUUAAUUUGCACACAUUUCAUGCAGACACCGAAUGACAAGAAAGGCAUAUCAAAAUUAAAUGAUGAUGAAUCAGUAAAAUUUUAUGCAUUCAUAUAAUGUAUUUCCCCCAACGUUUAUAUCAUUUGCUUUGUCUUGUGACCAACUGAAUCCUUUAAAACCGUUAACAUUGCACCACUUACUGUGGCAUCUUUCGAUCUGACUCAUACUGUUUCAUCCCCCGAAAUAGUCUAAUUGCUGCUCCACAGCUGACCACAUAAAAAGGUCUAAUCUAGCUAUUUUGGGUCGAGCAAUUUGCAAGAGAUACCACCGUAGGAUUGAGCACUUCGUGAGACCAGCGAUAGAUGUUAGGAACAAACGAGAUAACAGGCCACGUUGAACUGCAGCUGGAGUUGUUUAUCCGACCAUGUCCGAUGUAGUACAGUCAACCCACAAACCAAACCCACAGCCCGAAAUGACCUUCCAAACACAGUCUAUACAAAGACCUACACCUAAUGUACAGUAAGGACCAUGGCAGGAAACAGUACUACACUGCUUGAGCAACAACAAUAAUCAUUUAAAAAGACAAAAAAACUUUCCUAUGGAACAGUAAGUGCAAUGUGCUUUGUUUUUAUAUUGACUGAGAACAAAUGAUAUAUAUUUUUUAAAAAAGAAAUUAAACGUCACACUGAAAAGGUUUGUGGAAUAGUGAAAGGAGCAAAAGUUCAGACAAAAACAUUACAUGAACAGACUCAUUAAGAAAAUCAAACAAGCAACGAGAGCUCUGAUCUAUAAAUUUCCAUUAUCACUUCCUCAGCCUCUAAUUUGUGCUCUGACCAUGCAAGCUCAAACCAACUGCAUAUUUGGCUGACUUAAUAGAGCAAUUCUCAAUGACCCUGAAAGGAAUACUGUCUAAUAUAUCAUCAGUUUUAGCCCAUGUCAAUUUCAAAUAUAAUUUUUUUUCCUGUAAUUUAUUGAUUUCAUUUACAUAUCAAGACUCACUUGUUAAAUUAGCGUAUUUGUGUUGUUGAUGUUGCCAUAGAGAACACACAUGGGUCAAAGAUUAUGUUUGGUUGCAUUGAUUGGGUACAGUUUAUUUUUCUUCCAUUAUUUAAUUAGUUGCAGUUUUUACAGUGUAUGCAGAUUUUAGACUUAGUUAGAUUUUUUUAUUUCAAUCAAACUGUGUUCAAUUGUGUUUGUAAAAGUCUGUGGUAGCUUUUGUUGCAACAUAAAAUAAUUUAAACUGAAAAAAUUCAAAAUAGCGCCAACAAACUUGUAUUAUUUGGGCGACUUUAAGCUUGUAGUUUUAACUUAUUGUUAACUUAAAAACUAUUUAUUAUGAUUAUUAUUAUUGCCUCGUACAAAGUAUGUUUUGUGUAUAUUUAUGGUUUAUUUCAUUAUAUUUGCAAGUUUAAAAGAUUUUAAGUUUGCCAAAAUUGUGGUUACACCAUUUCGUUUCUUAAAAAGGGGGACAAAUAGAAAAACAGCUUUAGAAGUACGAUUUGGAAACGUUCUCCAUAGUCAAAGAAUGCACUGCUAUAUUUAACUAAUUGAAGUGUAUAAACAUACAUGCUGUGUGCUAGAUGUUAUGCCUUUACUGCCUGUGUUCUGUUUGUCUUGUUAAAUGAAAAUCUUUUAAUUAUUUAAUCUAAUCACAGUCUUGUUUUUUCAACCACUCGAUGAACCCCUGAGACAUGGGACAACCCCUGUAGUGAGGCUUCAGCCCAUUGGAGGGUCCAGCAAUUAGCCAGGAACAAAGGGGCUGUCCUAGGUUUGAUAUGCUCACAAGAUGCUUUCCUGUUUAUGCUGAUGGGUUGAUUUAUAUUUAAAAAAAAGAUAUUAAAGGGUUUGUUUCUGCAAAAGCAUUGUAAUACUGAGAUCAUCUGUAUCAAUUUCAAUAUCAAUUUGUGCUACUGAAACAAAGAUGUCCUAUUGCGCCAAGAUGCAUUUGGAAGAGCUCGGGGAAAAUAUAAUAGAGCUCAGAAAAGCUGCAGGAAGGUUUUCUUGGGAGUAUCUAGGGUAGUAAAGGGGUGAGUGGUCCUUUUGUUUCUCAACCAACUGUAUUUUGUGUCUAUUUAUUUAGAAGAGGGGACGCAGUAACUUAGUGAUGUUUUUCUUACAUUUUCCUGGAAUGGUAGAACAAAUCAAAACGUGAAAAUGAUCAAAACAGUUCUGCUGACACCAACACCAGUGGAAGAAAUACAAAAUCUCAUACUUCCAAACACGACCAAAUGAACAAUGUCAAAUUUAACAAAGAAAAAAAAAAAAACUUUCAGUUUAGUCUAGGAUAUUUACUACUGGGAUUUCAGCUGAAGACGCUUGAAGACUUUUUCAUGGAAUUGUUUAAUUAUUUGUACUUUACAUGCCAGAAAAAAAUAAAAUAAAAGUUACAAAUACUGA